AUGGCGGAAAAUGGACUAUGCGCGUGGUGGCCAUCUCGAUCCAAGCAUCGACGGGAACUAACUUUGAUUUCUCGGCCUAUUCUUCUCAUCUUAGAUCAGUACUCGCAAUUUCUCAGCUACGUUGCAUCUCCGCUUAUGGCGGAAGCUCUGGCCAUCCGCGAAACUCCCCUUCAAGCUCAUACCCACGGUUGGAUCAAUAUCAGCUUGAAACCUGACUCUCAAACGCUCAUCCGAGCUAUUCUUUCAGUAGAACAAAUUGUGGUGCAUUGA